GUAAAGUGUGUGCGGUUUCUUAGGCUGGAACAACAGAAGCGUACGGCUUCUUAGCUGAAUGCUAACAACAAGGGUUGGGAUGUUUCGGCGCUCGAGAUUCAGCGUUCGUCCCAAUGUGGGCGGACCUGGAAGGACGGGUGCCGCGCCGCAGGAAGCCACUCCAGGGGGAAAGGAGGCCAGCCAGGCCCCCAAAGCCAUCAGCGAGGGUGCGCCUUUAUCCACAGUGGAUGACUGCAAGCCUGGUGACACUCCUGUGGCUGCACCUACUGCCUUGGGCGAUGGAAACGAGCCAAGUGGGGAAGCCUCGUCAGCUGCCGUCCAGAGGAGGAAGCGCUUCUCUGUCAAGCCCAGGGUGGCCCCGGGUCGCCCCUCCAUUGUCCCUCGAGUGCCCAAGUCCCCCGCCAAGUUGGUCCCUGAGAGUCCGGCGAAAGUCUCAGAACUUGAGUCGACAACAUCAAAUGAAGCUAAAAGUCCAGCAGCCACACCCCAGGCCCCAUCUUCCCCGAUGCCCACGACAGACACCAAGCUACCUCACGUGCAACCCACCUUUUCCCCGCCUGAGGGGUGUGCUGACGCCCUAAAAGAAGCCCCCCCGCUGCCAGACCUUGGCAAACAGACAGAGAAGAGCCCUAACAGUUCCAUAAAGGUUCCUCACAGACCGCUGGAUAAAGUUUCUCUGCCAGACAGAGAGGCUGCUGAACUGUCAGAGAAGGCCAAGACUCUUCUGUCGUCCAAGGGCAAGAAGUCCAUUGCCAGAUUCUCCCUGAGCCGACUUUUAAACGACCCCUCAGAUAUUCAGAGGCUGGAAAAUGCUGAGAAGCUACGGGAUCUGCUCAGACAGGAGAUGCGGAAAGAAAAAGGUAUCAAGAAGCGGAAGAAGCCCGUAAAGGAAUUUAGUGUGGAUCCUACCAAAAUGACUAUGAGGGACCUCAUCCGGUACUUACCGCUGUCCAACCCCAUGUCAUCCAGUUUAGAGGACGACACCGAGCAAAAUGAGACCGUGACUCCGUUUACUCCAAGAAUGGAAAUACUGCCAGAGAGAACACAGGAACCGGAAGCAGAAGUUGUCCCCGCCGUGGUGGACCAAACGGAGGAGGAAGAGGAGGACGUUGAGGGGCCAGGCCAGGGUGACGAGGAAGACGACGCACUGAUGGUUCCGCAGGUCAAAGUUGCAGAAGAUGGAACCCUCAUCCUGGACGAGGAGAGUUUGACUGUGGAGGUCCAGAGAGCCAAAGGACCCAACCCGGCAGAGGGCAGAGACCCCAUCUUUGAACGCGGCUCCACCACCACCUACUCCAGUUUCAGGGCCUCCACCUACUGCAAGCCUUGGUCCAGCGAAGAGACAGACAUGUUCUUCCUGGCGAUCAGCAUGGUGGGGACGGACUUCUCCAUGAUCUGUCAGCUCUUUCACAACAGAACGCGGUCAGAGAUAAGGAACAAGUUUAAGAAAGAGGAGAAACAGAACUCCUGGAGAGUCGACAAAGCUUUUCGGGAGAGACGCAAACUGGACAUUGAGUAUUUUUCCAAGCUGCUAGAGAAGAUACUGGAAGUGCAGCUAAGCCGGAAGAAACUCAAGUCACUCGUGGUGAAGAACCCACCCAAGAAGAGCCAGGGGAAGUCAAAAGGCAGAAAGAGGAAGAAAGCCGCUGGCAAGCUCAGCGCCAGCGAGGAGGAAGACGAGGUGGAAGAGGACAGCCUCUUAUGCUCGGAGGCGGAGGACGGAGAGAAAGAGAACGAAGGAGGAACCCUGUCCUCUAAAGUCAAGAAGAAACUGAAAAGCAAGGUGGACGCCUCUGCUGCAAAGCCGGCAAAGAAGAAAAGUAAAGCGAGUGAAAAGAGUAGCGAAGAAGGUGAAGAUGAGGCCUGCCUGCCCGAGGACACGGAAGCAGCCCUUCCUGAAGAUCACCCUGACUCGGAAGUGUGUGAAAGUGCAGAGACGGAAAAAGCAUCCAAUGGAGCCACGAUCACACCCGCUAAGCUCCCCCGAGGUGGCGCGGCUAAAUCCGUGGGCCGAAAGUGCAGUAAAAAGCUCCCUCCCUCUCCUACCACGGCAGCCGAAGAUGGAGACGGGGAGUCCGCUAAACAGGACGAGAGUGUGAAGGACGACGCCUCGAAAGACCAGGUCAACAAAGAGGCAUUACCUUCAAGAGAAGCCAGCGAUGAUGAUGUUGAUGACUCCUGUAGCGAUGAAGACUCUGGAGAUGAAGAUUACUCCGUUAAACCUGCGAAACCCACCAGAUCCGGGAGGAUCCCCAAACCUACUGCACUCUUAAGUUACCCUGCGCCCUCCACUCGGACCGCCCCCAAGAGGGACAGAACAACCAAGGCACCGUCUGCUGCCCCGUCGUCCAAAAAGCCCAAACUUGUUAUGCUGAGAGCGACUCAGUCCGAAUCAAGUGCGGAGGAGUUGGAGGAGGAAGAUAUGAAGGAGCUGUGGUGUGACAACAGCACUCAGGCGUUUGUGCCCGCCAGCCUGCGCUCCCCCCACGCCGUAAUAUGCCAGGUCGAGGAAGCAGUAGAGGAGCUCGAUAUCUUGGCGGAUAUGUCUGUCUUGGACAUGUCCCAAGAUGAACUGUGCCUCAACUCGUCGUGCGAACGGGCCCAAAUUGAGACCGGAUCAAGAGAAACUUCUGCGCAUCAGCUGGACCUUCUGGUCGAUGUCAUAGACUUACUUUCCUCUGAGCACGCUGGAGUGUCUGAGGUGGAGAGCUACAAUGAGGCUGCUCAAACCCUGCUGGCUAUCGGCAAUGUCUCUCAUCCCUCGCAGUCAGACACCACGCAAGGUCAAAUCACAGGCGUACCGUCGGACAGUGGAUAUGAAACAAGUAGACGUUUGGAAGAGGAAAUUGUUGCGGAGUUCAUUGAAGAAAACACCUCCACACCAAUUAUGUCUGUACCUCUAGACCAGAAAGUCACGGAUGCAUUUGAAACUGCACCUGUUGGGCCAACAAACGCAGAGUCCUCACCUCACGUUGGUGAGGAGACAUGCUGUGAACAGAGACACGUUUCAGAUCAUGACCUAACCCGACCGUUGCAAUCAAACACACGGACCAGAAUAGCUCGCUCAUCCAAGGUUAAACCAAAACCUAACUUGGCCAAAGCCUUAAGAGCUGCACAUUCCAAAACUCAACCAGAAACAUCAUCACAAGGGUCAACCAUGGAGAGCCAUAGUGUUGCUCCUGACCUGUCGAAAGACCUCUCUGAAGAACCGUCCUCAAAGAUAGCAAAAUGUAGUCAAUCUUCUGAAAAACAGACUUUUGACAUGCAUGCCAAGUCUACAGAUGCUGAAAAAAGUGAAAGCGAAGCAUCUGAUGCUGCAGUCACAGAAACACUAGCUCAAGAGUCAGGUUAUGUUGCCAUGCCAGUUGUACAUGAAGGUCAGAACUCUAGCGAACUCCUGUCAUCUCGACCUACCAGGACCACAACAAGUAAGGUAGAACCACAGCCAACUUGUACUUUCUCUCCUAAGAAAAUCAGUCCAAGUGCCAAUUCUUCUUCAUCUGUGACAACAACCAUGAGUUUGAGCUCUAAUCUUGUAGAGGAACUGGCUUCUAGUGGAAUGAAGAAUACACAUACAGGACUUACUAAUCAACUCAGUAGUGAAUCAAAACCCACGGAUGCUGAAAAGAAAAAGGUUGAAUGUAGUCCAAAUGAAGCGGCAGCAUUUGAUGAUGCAGUCACAGAACCACUAACUCAAGAGUCAAACAUGCAUUUGAUCCAAAAAGGUGAAGAUAAUGGUGCCAUGAUAGAGGUACAUGAAGGUCAGAACUCUAGCGAACACCGGUCAUCUCCACCCUUUAAGAGGAAUCGAUUCCACCGAGUGAAACCAAAACCAAACCUUUCACAGAUAUCAAAAAGUGCACGUUCUAAACCUCAAACCACGAACGAGACUAGUGAUUCUUCAAAGCUGGAAUCAACUUGGACGACAACAAGUAUGGUAAACCCACAGCCAACUUGUACCUUCUCUCCUAAAAAAACAAGUCCAAGUGCCAAUUCUGCUUCAUCUGUGACAACAGCCAUGGACAUCCGCCCUAAUCUGGUACCUCCAGAAGAACUGACUUGUGGUGAGAUAGUGACAAGUACUGAAAAUUAUGAACAGCUCAAUAUUGAAACAAAAUCCACAGAUGCUGAACAGUUUGAAUUUGGUUCAAAUAAAGAGGCAGCAGAUGAUGAUGCAGUCACAGAACCACUAGCUCAAGAGUCUAGCAUGCCUUUGAUCCAAAAAGGUGGAUUUAAUGACAACAUGCCAGAGGCACAUGAAGGUCUGGACUCUAGCGAACUCCUGUCAUCUCCACCCUUUAAGAUGAAUCCAUUCCACCGAGUCAAACCAAAACCAAACCUUUCACAGAUAUCAAAAAGUGCACGUUCUAAACCUCAAACCACGAACGAGACUAGUGAUUCUUCAAAGCUGGAAUCAACUUGGACGACAACAAGUAUGGUAAAACCACAACCAACUUGUACCUUCUCUGCUACGAAAACAAGUCCAAGUGCCAAUUCUACUUCAUCUGUGACAACAACCAUGGACGUCAGCUCUAAUCUGGUACCUACAGAAGAACUGGCCUCUGGUGAGAUAGUGACAAGUACUGGACAAAAUGAACAGUUCAAUAUUGAAACAAAAUCCACAGAUGCUGAACAGUUUGAAUUUGGUUCAAAUGAAGAGGCAACAGCUGAUGAUGCAGUCACAGAACCACUAGCUCAAGAGUCUAGCAUGCCUUUGAUCCAAAAAGGCGGAUUUAAUGACAACAUGCCAGAGGCACAUGAAGGUCAGGACUCUAGCGAACUCCAGUCAUCUCCACCCUUUAAGAGGAAUCGAUUCCACCGAGUCAAACCAAAACCAAACCUUUCACAGAUAUCAAAAAGUGCACGUUCUAAACCUCAAACCACGAACGAGACUAGUGAUUCUUCAAAGCUGGAAUCAACUUGGACAACAACAAGUAUGGUAAAACCACAGCCAACUUGUACCUUCUCUGCUACGAAAACAAGUCCAAGUGCCAAUUCUACUUCAUCUGUGACAACAACCAUGGACGUCAGCUCUAAUCUGGUACCUACAGAAGAACUGGCCUCUGGUGAGAUAGUGACAAGUACUGGACAAAAUGAACAGUUCAAUAUUGAAACAAAAUCCACAGAUGCUGAACAGUUUGAAUUUGGUUCAAAUAAAGAGGCAGCAGCUGAUGAUGCAGUCACAGAACCACUAGCUCAAGAGUCUAGCAUGCCUUUGAUCCAAAAAGGUGGAUUUAAUGACAACAUGCCAGAGGCACAUGAAGGUCUGGACUCUAGCGAACUCCUGUCAUCUCCACCCUUUAAGAUGAAUCCAUUCCACCGAGUCAAACCAAAACCAAACCUUUCACAGAUAUCAAAAAGUGCACGUUCUAAACCUCAAACCACGAACGAGACUAGUGAUUCUUCAAAGCUGGAAUCAACUUGGACGACAACAAGUAUGGUAAAACCACAGCCAACUUGUACCUUCUCUGCUACGAAAACAAGUCCAAGUGCCAAUUCUACUUCAUCUGUGACAACAACCAUGGACGUCAGCUCUAAUCUGGUACCUACAGAAGAACUGGCCUCUGGUGAGAUAGUGACAAGUACUGGACAAAAUGAACAGUUCAAUAUUGAAACAAAAUCCACAGAUGCUGAACAGUUUGAAUUUGGUUCAAAUAAAGAGGCAGCAGCUGAUGAUGCAGUCACAGAACCACUAGCUCAAGAGUCUAGCAUGCCUUUGAUCCAAAAAGGUGGAUUUAAUGACAACAUGCCAGAGGCACAUGAAGGUCUGGACUCUAGCGAACUCCUGUCAUCUCCACCCUUUAAGAUGAAUCCAUUCCACCGAGUCAAACCAAAACCAAACCUUUCACAGAUAUCAAAAAGUGCACGUUCUAAACCUCAAACCACGAACGAGACUAGUGAUUCUUCAAAGCUGGAAUCAACUUGGACGACAACAAGUAUGGUAAAACCACAACCAACUUGUACCUUCUCUGCUACGAAAACAAGUCCAAGUGCCAAUUCUACUUCAUCUGUGACAACAACCAUGGACGUCAGCUCUAAUCUGGUACCUACAGAAGAACUGGCCUCUGGUGAGAUAGUGACAAGUACUGGAAAUUAUGAACAGUUCAAUAUUGAAACAAAAUCCACAGAUGCUGAACAGUUUGAAUUUGGUUCAAAUGAAGAGACAGCAGCUGAUGAUGCAGUCACAGAACCACUAGCUCAAGAGUCUAGCAUGCCUUUGAUCCAAAAAGGCGGAUUUAAUGACAACAUGCCAGAGGCACAUGAAGGUCUGGACUCUAGCGAACUCCUGUCAUCUCCACCCUUUAAGAUGAAUCGAUUCCACCGAGUCAAACCAAAACCAAACCUUUCACAGAUAUCAAAAAGUGCACGUUCUAAACCUCAAACCACGAAAGAGACUAGUGAUUCUUCAAAGCUGGAAUCAACUUGGACGACAACAAGUAUGGUAAAACCACAGCCAACUUGUACCUUCUCUGCUACGAAAACAAGUCCAAGUGCCAAUUCUACUUCAUCUGUGACAACAACCAUGGACGUCAGCUCUAAUCUGGUACCUACAGAAGAACUGGCCUCUGGUGAGAUAGUGACAAGUACUGGACAAAAUGAACAGUUCAAUAUUGAAACAAAAUCCACAGAUGCUGAACAGUUUGAAUUUGGUUCAAAUAAAGAGGCAGCAGCUGAUGAUGCAGUCACAGAACCACUAGCUCAAGAGUCUAGCAUGCCUUUGAUCCAAAAAGGUGGAUUUAAUGACAACAUGCCAGAGGCACAUGAAGGUCUGGACUCUAGCGAACUCCUGUCAUCUCCACCCUUUAAGAUGAAUCCAUUCCACCGAGUCAAACCAAAACCAAACCUUUCACAGAUAUCAAAAAGUGCACGUUCUAAACCUCAAACCACGAACGAGACUAGUGAUUCUUCAAAGCUGGAAUCAACUUGGACGACAACAAGUAUGGUAAAACCACAAGCAACUUGUACCUUCUCUGCUACGAAAACAAGUCCAAGUGCCAAUUCUACUUCAUCUGUGACAACAACCAUGGACGUCAGCUCUAAUCUGGUACCUACAGAAGAACUGGCCUCUGGUGAGAUAGUGACAAGUACUGGACAAAAUGAACAGUUCAAUAUUGAAACAAAAUCCACAGAUGCUGAACAGUUUGAAUUUGGUUCAAAUGAAGAGGCAACAGCUGAUGAUGCAGUCACAGAACCACUAGCUCAAGAGUCUAGCAUGCCUUUGAUCCAAAAAGGCGGAUUUAAUGACAACAUGCCAGAGGCACAUGAAGGUCUGGACUCUAGCGAACUCCUGUCAUCUCCACCCUUUAAGAGGAAUCGAUUCCACCGAGUCAAACCAAAACCAAACCUUUCACAGAUAUCAAAAAGUGCACGUUCUAAACCUCAAACCACGAACGAGACUAGUGAUUCUUCAAAGCUGGAAUCAACUUGGACGACAACAAGUAUGGUAAAACCACAGCCAACUUGUACCUUCUCUGCUACGAAAACAAGUCCAAGUGCCAAUUCUACUUCAUCUGUGACAACAACCAUGGACGUCAGCUCUAAUCUGGUACCUACAGAAGAACUGGCCUCUGGUGAGAUAGAGACAAGUACUGGAAAUGAUGAACAGCUCAAUAUAGAAACAAAUUCCACAGAUGCUGAACAGUUUGAAUUUGGUUCAAAUAAAGAGGCAGCAGCUGAUGAUGCAGCCACAGAACCACUUGCUCAAGAGUCUAGCAUGUCUUUGAUCCAAAAAGGUGGAUUUAAUGACAACAUGCCAGAGGCACAUGAAGGUCUGGACUCUAGCGAACUCCUGUCAUCUCCACCCUUUAAGAUUAAUCGAUUCCACCGAGUCAAACCAAAACCAAACCUUUCACAGAUAUCAAAAAGUGCACGUUCUAAACCUCAAACCACGAACGAGACUAGUGAUUCUUCAAAGCUGGAAUCAACUUGGACGACAACAAGUAUGGUAAAAUCACAGCCAACGUGUACAUUCUCUCCUGAGAAAACAAGUCAAUGUGCCAAUUCUGCUUCAUCUGUGUUAACAACCAUGAACCUCAGCUCUAAUCUGGUACCUACAGAAGAACUGGCCUCUGGUGAGAUAGUGACAAGUACUGGAAAUGAUGAACAGUUCAAUAUUGAAACAAAAUCCACAGAUGCUGAACAGUUUGAAUUUGGUUCAAAUGAAGAGACAGCAGCUGAUGAUGCAGUCACAGAACCACUAGCUCAAGAGUCUAGCAUGCCUUUGAUCCAAAAAGGCGGAUUUAAUGACAACAUGCCAGAGGCACAUGAAGGUCAGGACUCUAGCGAACUCCAGUCAUCUCCACCCUUUAAGAGGAAUCGAUUCCACCGAGUCAAACCAAAACCAAACCUUUCACAGAUAUCAAAAAGUGCACGUUCUAAACCUCAAACCACGAAAGAGACUAGUGAUUCUUCAAAGCUGGAAUCAACUUGGACGACAACAAGUAUGGUAAAACCACAGCCAACGUGUACAUUCUCUCCUGAGAAAACAAGUCAAUGUGCCAAUUCUACUUCAUCUGUGUUAACAACCAUGAACCUCAGCUCUAAUCUGGUACCUACAGAAGAACUGACUUUUAGUGAGAUAGAGACAAGUACUGGAUGUGAUGAUCAGCUCAGUAGUGAACCAAAAUCCACAGAUGCUGAAGAGAUUGAAUAUGGUGCAAACAAAGAGGCAGCAUCUGAUGAUGCAGUCACAGAACCACUAGCUCAAAAGUCAAGCAUGCCUUUGAUCCAUAAAGGUGGAUUUAAGGAUUCAAUGCCAGAGGUACAUGAAGGUCAGAACUCUAGCGAACUCCAGUCAUCUCCACUUUUAAAGAGAAAUCGAUUUCAACGAGUCAAACCAAAACCAAACCUUACACAGAUAUCAAAAAGAACACGGUCUGAACCUCAAGUCAUAGAAGAGACUAGUCAAUCUUCAAAGCUGGAAUCAACGUGGACGACAACAAGUAAGGUAGAAACACAGCCAACUUGUAUCUUCUCUCCAGAGAAAACAAUUCAAAGUGCCGAUUCUGCUUCGUUUGUGACAACAACCAUGAACUUGAGCUCUAAUCGGGUACCUACAGAGGAACUGGCUUCUAGUGGGAUGAAGAAUACAAGUACAAGACUUGCUAAUCAGCUCAGUAGUGAACCAAAACCCAUGGAUGCUGAAAAGAAAAAGGUUGAAUGUAGUCCAAAUAAAGAGGCAGCAUCUGAUGAUGCAGUCACAGAACCACUAGCUCAAGAGUCAAGCAUGCCUUUGGUACAAGAAUGUGGAAAUAAUGACUCCAUGCCAGAGGUACAUGAAGGUCAGAACUCUAGCGAACUCCAGUCAUCUCAACCCUUUAGAAGGAAUCGAUUCCACCGAUUCAAACCAAAUCUUUCACACAUAUCAAAAUGUGCACGGUCUAAACCUCAAGCCACAAAUGAAACCAGUCAGUCUUCAAAACUGGAAUCAACUUGGACGACAACAAGUAACUUCCUUCCUGAGGAAGCAAGUCCAAGUGCCGAUUCUGCAUCAUUUGUUGCAACAGCCAUGAACUUUAGCACUAUUCAGGUAUCUAAAGAGGAACUGUCUUCUAGUGAGGUGAAGACAAGUACUGGACUUUCUAAUCAGCUCAGCAGUGAGCCAAAACCCACAGAUGACGAAAAUAUUGAAUUUGGUCCUCAUAAAGCGGCAGCAUCUGGUGAUGCAGUCACAGAACUGCUAGCUCAGGAGUCAAAGACGUGUUCAAUCCAAGAAAGUGGAGGUCAUGACACCUUGCCAGAGGUUUAUGAAUGUCAGAGGUCUAGCGAACCCCCGCAAUUUCAGCCCACCAAGAGGAGUCGACUCCAAAGGGUCAAACCAAAACCAAACCUUUCACAGAUAUCAAAAAGUGCACGGUCUAAACCUCAAAUCACAAAAGAAACAAUUAUGUCUACAAAUCUGGAAUGCACCGGAAAAAUAACAACUAAAGUAGAAACACAACCAACUUGUACUUUCUCCCCAGAGAAACCAAGCCCAAAAGAUUCAGUUGUGACACCAUCCAUGGAUUCCAGCACCAGUCUGGUACCUAGAGCGGAACUAACUUCUACUCAGGAGAAGAAGGCAGUUGAACUUACUUACCAGGAAGAGUCUAGUUUACCAGUGGUGGAUGCGAGAAAAGAAAACACAGGAGUCAAAGAAGCAAUAUUUGGACCUGCAAAUGAGACUGUGAGGUUUAAUGCAGAACUAACUCAGAGUUCUUCUAAUAAUUUGGUACCAUCAGAUAUAAUCCCAGAAUGUCAAGUUGGAGUUGGAGCUAAUGCAAACCAGUCUACAAUUCACAAAGUUAGCAACCAUUUGGAAAAAGCCUCAAAAUCCGAUUUAAAGUGUGAAUCUUCUGACGACAGAAGCGUUGAAGCUGAAUCACCAUCAACCUCUGAGACGAGUCAAAGUGUCACUUUGCCAUUGGAAAUAUGCCUCGCAUAUCAGCCUACAGAAGACUUGUCAUCGUCCAGAGAUACAAAUAAGAAAGCUGACUCAGAGGCACCAAAACACACUCCAGGAACAAUUCAAAGACGGCAACACCUCCCCAAAGUCAAACCCGCUUUGAGGUUCCCCGCUAGAGCGAUACGCUCAACAUCGCAGUCAAAAGAUGGUGGUGAAUCCUUUAAUAUAACCUCAGAAUGUCAAGUUGUAGAAAAAAAGAAGAAAGUUGUCAUGGAAACUGAAGAAAAGAGCAAUGAAGAAGGCUACAAUGCUCCUUGUCAGGACAAAAAGGAGGAUAGGACCUACUUGAAAUCUGAUGACCAACAUAUUGCUGCCGCACCCUCAAACACACAGCUGCUUCAUCAAGAUACUGUCCCGGAACAUUCUAAAACUGUACAAACCAACAAAAUGAUGACAGAGACACAGCCCCUUCAAAGCGCUAACGAUCCGCCGUUGCCAAAAACCACAGCAACUCGAAGAAGCAGACUUGUCAAACCCAAACCCAACCUUGGAAAAAGUGGUCGUCAGGCCCGACAAGUGGCAGCCAAAGCAGAUUCAGAUGCUGUCAAAGCGCCUGGUUCUCAAGAGAUCUUGCCUGAGCCCGUGCAGCCAGUAGAGGGUGCUAUUGGGCUAUCGGCAAUGGAGUGUACCACCCAGGAUGAAUCCACGUCAAGCACCGGACAGGAGCAGACUUUUGCAAGUCUCUCAAUACUUCAAGACGCACUGUCAGUACCCUCGGAUCCCGACGAACCGUUUUUCAUCCUAUCCCUGACUGAGAUACCCGUUGACACCGUCGAGGAGGUGUUGAACCCCAGCACCCAGCUGCCUCCUUUCAUCUGUCACCCAAAUCAGUCAGUGCAGCAAAGUCUUGCUGUGGAGAAUGUGAUAGCAGGGCCAGAUGGUUCAACGCCUGAUGUCCUCGUGUCCACCGAACAGACGGCAACCACCAUGACUCCAGCCAUUGUGGAUCCUGUCGCCCCACCAGAGCGCCACCAGGGGUGUGCUUCGGCCGGACCGUCGAGCACAGCAAGUUCUCCCAAAAGGAAACCCAAAGGUUUUCUCUCCUUUUUGUCAAGGACGCCCAGUGUGGGCAAAGCUGCUCCCAGACGCUCGCGGGGAAAGAAACCCACGACAACCACGCACCCACCGGCGGAGACCCACUUAGCCGCGGCUGAGCUUAGCAGCGCUCCACAGCGCCACCUCCGCCUCCACGCCAACGACGACGCUCCCGUUGCGCCGUCGCAGGUUUCAGCGUGCGAGCGCGACGACGGCGAGGCGGUCCAGCAGGAGCCCAGCGACGUGUCCCAGUUCUUCUUAAGUGACAUAUUUACUGAAGUCUAG